UCCGAAUCAUCUGAGUUGACUCCUUCGAAGAUUUGUGAUAAACAUGGAUAGAUUUAUCUAUCUUUCUUUUAACGUUUUGUAAAGUUUUGAAACGAUGGUACUCCCAGCAUGAAAAUAAGCGAAAUUAAAUAAAACAAGACACAAGAGACGUAAGAAGCACAUGACUUGAGUUUGAUACGAGUAAACUCGUGACAGCAGGCCCGAUAAACCACUGAGAAUAAUUUAAUCGACCGCAACAACCGGCAAACGUGUUCAGUCCUUCGCCAACAUGUCCAGGAACAGGAAUUACCAGACAUUUACGAACGAAUGCGCGCCGUCCAGCGAGAAAGAUUUAAAUUUAGAAGAUGGAAAACCUGUACUGGCAGGACAUAGUGCAAACACUAAUCCAGAAAAUGGUCAUUCUGUUCAUGGAAGUGCUGUCAGACAGGUUCUGGCAGCGGUAGUGGCACAACUUGGAACUCUGAACACUGGUAUGGCUUUUGGUUUUUCUGCCAUUGCUGUCCCACAACUACAAGAACCAAAUAGUAGCAUUCCUAUUGGCAAAGGAUCAUCCGAGGAAUCAUGGAUUGCUAGUAUGUCUUCUAUUGGAACUCCUAUUGGAUGUUUAAUAUCUGGAUAUAUGAUGGACGUACUUGGAAGAAAACGAUCUCUUAUUAUCACGGAGAUUCCAGCAUUGCUUGGAUGGAUAUUAAUUGCAUGUGCGACCGACAUUCGUAUGAUAUAUGCUGGAAGAUUCUUUGUAGGACUUGGAUCAGGCAUGGUGGGUGCUCCAGCGCGUGUUUAUACAGGAGAAGUGACUCAACCUCAUCUACGGGGAAUGUUGACCGCUUUUGCAAGUAUUGGAGUCAGCACUGGUGUUAUGAUCGAAUAUUUUUUGGGAAGCGUACUUACGUGGAACGUCUGUGCAGCUAUUAGUGGAAUUUUACCUCUUGCCGCUCUUUUGUUAAUGUUUUUCUUCCCUGAAACACCUUCGUAUCUUAUAUCUCGUAGUAGACCUGAAAAGGCACGAGAGGCGUUACAACAAGUUCGUGGUAGUACGUAUAAUAUUAAUCAGGAAAUGGAAACACUUAUUAAUUUUUCGAAUGAGCGCGAUGUUAAGCGUCCGAAAGGAUUUGGAGAGAUAAUUAGAGCUCUUUUAAAACCGAAUGCCAUUAAACCUUUCGCUCUAUUGUUUUUAUACUUUUUAAUCUAUCAAUGGUCAGGUACAAAUGUAAUAACCUUUUAUGCCGUUGAAAUUUUUAAUGAUUCAGGCGCAACAAUAAACAAGUACUUAGCUGCAGUAAUUCUCGGGAUUAUAAGAUUAGUAUCAACUAUUGCUGCUUGUAUCCUAUGUAGAAAGAGUGGACGAAGACCUCUCACAAUGAUUUCGUCCGUCGGCUGUGGACUUUCCAUGGUAGGAUUAGGUGGAUAUAUAUGGUUAAAAAGCUAUUGGACUGCAAAUAAUCUUCCAUUUGUUGCUACUUGGAUACCUGUUUUAUGUAUAUUUUCAUAUACUAUUGCUUGCACUCUUGGUUUCCUUGUUAUUCCUUGGAUAAUGAUAGGCGAAGUAUAUCCAGUGCAAGUACGUGGUAUUAUUGGUGGUUUAACCACAAUGGCAGCCCAUUCUUUUAUCUUUACAGUAGUUAAAACAUAUCCAUAUUUAACUAGUAUACUUACUACGCAUGGUACUUUUAUUUUCUAUGGUUGUAUAUCUUUAUUUGGAACGAUAUAUUUUUAUUUAUGUCUUCCCGAAACUAAAGAUAAAACACUUCAAGAAAUAGAAGAUUACUUUUCCGGUAGAAACAAUAAUUUAAGAACUAGAAAUAUAGAUAAUCAUAAACCAAAGGUGUUACAAGUGAAAAAGGGUCAGAUUUUGCCUUGAAUUAUUUAUAUAAAUAAUAUUUUAAUAGACGUAAAUUAAUAA